ACUCCACCACUGCUAUUACUACACCCCUUGCCCUCGCACAUCUCCUCGAACUCGUCGUCUCCCUGGGCAUGUCCGGCGCCCUCUAGAUCCGAUCUAAUGGAUCCCCGCGUCCCUGUCCUCCUCGUCCUCGUCCUAUCACUCGCCGCCUUCUCCGCUGCCUCCGAUGAGAUCCACGGAUGCGGUGGCUUCGUCGAAGCGAGCUCGGGUUUGGCCAAGUCGAGGAAGGCAUCGGACUCCAAGCUCGACUACUCCGACAUCACGGUUGAGCUGUGUACUGUGGAUGGAUUGGUGAAGGAAAGCACUCAAUGUGCUCCUAAUGGCUACUAUUUUAUUCCAGUCUAUGACAAGGGUUCAUUUGUUGUCAGAGUUAAGGGGCCCAAGGGUUGGUCAUGGAAGCCUGAAACUGUUCCUGUAGUCAUUGAUCAAAAUGGAUGCAAUGGAAAUGCAGAUAUAAAUUUUCAGUUUACUGGGUUUACAAUAUCUGGUAAAAUAGUGGGAGCUGUUGGUGGUAAGAGCUGUUCGAAAGAUGGAGGGCCUUCCGGUGUGAAAGUUGAGCUGUUAUCAGAUUCAGACGAGUUAGUUGCAUCUGCGCUAACGUCAUCAACAGGAGGAUAUUCGUUUGUGAACAUAAUUCCUGGGCGCUACAAAUUGCGUGCUUCUCAUCCUGAUUAUGACAUUGAGAUGAGAGGUUCAUCAGAGGUGGACUUGCGAUUUGGGAAUGUUGUAGCAGAUGAUGUUUUCUUUGUAUCUGGAUACAAUAUCCAUGGCUCUGUAGUUGCACAGGGAAAUCCAAUCUUGGGAGUUCACCUGUAUUUAUAUUCAAAUGACGUAAAGGAGGUUCGUUGCUCACAAGGUUUGAGUGAUGCACCCAGGGAAGGUGCUCUUUGCCAUGCAGUAUCUGGUGCAGAUGGGAAGUUCACGUUUAGAUCAAUACCCUGUGGUAGCUAUGAGCUGUUGCCAUACUACAAAGGUGAAAGUACUGUUUUUGAUGUCUCCCCUUCUUCAUUGCCUGUUUCUGUUGAGCAUAGUCACAUGACAAUCCCGCAAAAGUUCCAGGUUACUGGGUUUUCUGUUGGUGGGCGUGUUAUUGAUGGCUAUGGUGCUGGUGUGGAAGGUGCCAAUCUUAUAAUUGAUGGUCAGUUGAGAGCUGUAACAGAUAAUCUUGGGUAUUACAGACUUGACCAGGUUACAUCCAAGAAGUAUACUAUAGUUGCCGAGAAGAAUCAUUAUAAGUUCAACGUUCUGGAGAACUUCAUGAUUUUACCAAAUGUGGCAAGCAUUGAUGAUAUCAAAUCAGUUCAGUACGAUGUAUGUGGUGUUGUUCAAACCGUAACUCCAAAUUCUAAAGCAAUGGUUACAUUAACACAUGGGCCUGAAAAUGUAAAGCCGCAGAAGAAAAUGGUGAGCAAGGAUGGAAGAUUUUGCUUUGAGGUUCCCACAGGCGAAUACCGUUUAUCUGCGUUACCUGUAGAUUCUGAAGGUUCUUCCAGUCUUAUGUUUUCACCAGGAUAUAUUGAUGUCAACGUCAAGAGCCCAUUGCUUGACGUAGAGUUCUCUCAGUCACAAGUCAAUGUUCAUGGUAAGGUCCUCUGCAAAGAGCAAUGCAACCAAAAUAUUUUGCUCUCGCUUGUUAGAUUAGCAGCGGGUGUCGAGCAGGAAAAGAAGACAACCAGUUUGGAGCAAGAUAAUGUUAAUUUUGUGUUCACGAAAGUAUUUCCCGGAAAAUAUCGUCUAGAGGUGAAGCAUUCUUCGUCUGAGGCCUCUGAAAACGAUGAUUGGUGCUGGGACCAAAAUACCUUUGAUAUAGAUGUUGGUAAUGAUGAUCUGGUAGACAUUGUAUUUGUGCAAAAGGGCUACUGGAUAGAGCUAGUCUCAACUCAUGACACUGCAGCAUACAUUCAUCAACCAGACUCUUCUAGACUUGACUUUCAACCAGACACUUCAAAAUUUGACUUGUUGAUAAAGAAAGGGCCGCAAAGAAUUUGCAUAGAAACUCCUGGGCAUCAUGAGCUUCAUUUAGUUAAUUCUUGCAUUUCCUUUGGGAGCUUGUCUACUAUGUUUGAUACACAAAAUCCGAUGCCGGUUCAUAUCAGUGCAAAGAAGUAUCUUGUAAGAGGCGAGAUCCAUGUGGACAUAAGCUCCCCUCAGGAAGAAAUUGAUUUAUUAGAAGAUAUUGUUGUUGAUGCCUUUAAGAACGAUGGGAGUUCCAUUAAAAAAUUAUCUGCCAUACCUGUUCUUGGGAAGAGUCAUCAAAAUGGCAUUACUGCUUUUGAGUACUCUACUUGGACUGAGCUUGGGGAUGACUUCAUUUUUGUCCCUCGUGAUUCUAGCACUGGAAGAAAAAAGAUCCUAUUUUAUCCAUCAGAGCAGCAGUUUUCAGUGUCUUCGGACGGAUGCCAAGAUGCGGUUCCUUCAAUCACUGCUAAAACGGGUCUAUACCUUGAAGGAUCAGUGGCACCUGCAACUUCUGAUGUUGAUAUCAAGAUUGUAGCCGCAGGAAAUAGCAAGUAUGCACCGCUGAAGAAAGGUGAUGUAGCAGCAGAGACGAAGACAAAUUCCGAUGGAUCAUUUUUUGCAGGUCCCUUGUACGAUGAUAUAGGAUAUGAAGUUGAAGCUUCAAAGGCUGGUUAUCAUCUCAAGCAAACUGGUCCAUACAGCUUUGCUUGUCAGAGACUUGGACAGAUAUUAGCUCGUGUUUAUGGUGAAAAAGAUACAGAGAUGUUACCGUCGGUAUUAUUAUCCUUGAGUGGUGAAGGAGGCUACAGAAAUAACUCAGUUAGUGGUUCUAGUGGGACUUUCAGCUUCGGCAACUUAUUUCCUGGAAGUUUCUAUCUCCGUCCUCUUCUUAAGGAAUAUAAAUUUACUCCGUCAACAGUUGCUAUUGAUCUCAAUUCUGGGGAGUCUAGAGAGGUUGAAUUCCAUGCAACGCGUGUUGCCUACAGCGCCAUGGGUUCUAUAACACUGCUGACUGGUCAACCAAAGGAAGGUGUUUUCGUUGAAGCUAGAUCUGAAUCCAGAGGUCAUUAUGAGGAAGCCACUACAGAUUCUUUUGGUAGGUUUCGUCUUAGAGGACUUGUCCCUGGCUCAACUUACUCAAUAAGAGUGGUUGCAAAAGAUAAUAUCAGAUCCGCAGCAGUUGAGCGUGCUUCACCAGAAUAUGUGUCUAUUGACGUCGGUCAGGAGGACAUCUCUGGUAUUGAUUUUGUGGUUUUUGAAAGGCCGGAAGCAACAAUUUUGAGUGGUCACGUAGAAGGAGAUGACAUUGAUAUGUUGCAGCCACAUCUUUCUAUUGAAAUCAGAUCGGUUCUUGACCCUUCUAGAAUUGUAUCUGUAGUUCCUGUUCCUCUUUCAUACUACUUUGAAUUACGAAAUUUGCCCAAAGGCAAGCAUCUUGUUCAGCUUCGGUCUGGCCUUCCAUCACAUACCCAUAUAUUUGAAUCAGAGCUGGUUGAAGUUGACCUGGAAAAGCAACCUCAGAUUCAUGUUGGUCCUCUCAAAUAUAAAACUGAAGAGCGCCAUCUGAAACAGGAACUGACUCCGGCCCCAGUUUUUCCUCUCAUUGCUGGAGUUUCUAUCAUUGCACUGGUGAUCAGUAUGCCGAGGUUGAAGGACCUGUACCAAAGCGCUGUUGGAAGGACUUCCCUAAGCUCAGGAAUCACGCCGAGCAGAAAGGAGCCACGGAAGACAAUAUUGAGAAAGAGAGCGUGAAUCAUAUUAGCUUCAGAUUAUAGGAGUUGAAAAAUGAGAACAGACAGAUUGAGCACUUCAGGAGUAGAAAGUAGCUGUUUCUUUUCUUCUCGGGGGGUAAUUUUGCAAAAGGAAAACAAAUCCCACAGUUAAUAUUGUGUACCAUUACACUAGAGAUUUUGGUCCCAUUGUGGGGCAUGUAAUCAUUUGGAAUGGUGUAUGAUGAUAGUGACAUGUACAGAGCCGGAUUAUGCUUUUGAGAGGCUGCCGUUUAGUUUUCAAUUGCAAAAUGGCGGAACUGCAGUAUCA